AUGUCGCCAGCACUCGAUACCCAGAACUACCCCGAGGAUAUAGAUAUCAAAGCCAAGGGCACCGAUACCCCGCAGCCCAGUCUUCUCCGGGAACCACUCAAGUCAUCAGGAAGCUUAAAGGAGUAUGAGAACUUCAAUGCGACACCCAUCAUUGGCACUGAAUUCCCCUAUGUGCAGCUGACUGAGAUUCUGAAAGACGAGACGAAAAUCCGGGAUCUGGCAAUUCUCGUCUCCCAACGAGGAGUCGUUUUAUUCCGCGAUCAGAAUAUCUCUUCCGAGGAGCAAAAGGUUCUCGGUCAGAAGUUGGGCGAGUUGAGUGGGAAGCCAAGUACAUCAAAGCUACACCGCCACGCCGUUGCAAAUAGUAAGAGAGGGAUCGCUGUCGAUGAGAAUGGUCAUCUAGACGAUGAGAUUUCCGUCAUUUCGUCCGAGGUCAACCGCAAACUAUACGGCGACAGAUACAAGCCAUAUAACGGCCGUCUCGCAAGCCAAGGAUGGCACGCAGAUAUAACAUUCGAACGCGUCCCAUCCGACUACGCUCUGUUGAAGAUAACAGAUGUCCCCGAAGACCAAUCCGGCGGGGAUACCCUCUGGGCCUCGGGGUAUGAACUGUACGAUAGACUAUCGCCGAGUAUCCAGAAGUUAGCAGAGGAGUUGAAGGUCGUGCAUUACCAACCUGCAUUCAACAACAUCGCCAAAGAACACGGGAUAGACCUAAUCGAGGGCGAUAGAGGCGCACCGGAGAAUACAGGGUUUGAUUUCAAGGCGACGCAUCCCCUCAUCCGAACAAACCCCGUAACAGGGUGGAAGAGUCUCUUCGGCGCGGGACAGCAGGUCGAGCAUGGCUGGAUUGAAGGUGUGACACAGCUCGAAAGUGAGAUUUUGAAGAAACUGUUCAACCAGCUUCUCAUCGAAAAUCAUGAUUUGCAGGUUCGGUUUAGAUGGGGACGGAAUGAUCUUGCUAUUUGGGAUAAUCGGUCGGUUUAUCACACUGCUACCAAUGACUACGGCGGGAAGCGUCAAGGUAAUCGGGUCGUUUCACUUGGGGAGAUCCCGUAUUUCGAUCCGCUGUCUAAGUCGCGGAGACAAGCGCUUGCUGAAGGGGUUUGA